AGCGCCCUGCUCAGGCUGAGCUCCGAUCCUCAUCGCUCCAGACCAGCCGCCCAGACAAACAGACCGACGGACAGGGGAAGUGAGAAGAUGGGGCCAGUCGCCUACUUCAGCCUCUGCCUCCUUGGCUGCCUGAUCUUUAACCCCUCGCUGGAAGGGGCACAGGCUGGGCCCUGUCCCAGGGGCUGGUUCUCCUUCCAAGACGAAUGCUAUGGAUACUUCCCCGAACAGCUGAGCUGGGAGAGGGCUAAGGCUCGGUGUCAGAGGUUCGGCAGCGGGGCCCAUCUCGCCUCCAUUCACAGCGAGGAGGAGCACGAUGCAGUCGCUGGUUUCAUCACCCGCUCUCAGCGCCGUGACGACGACGAUGUCUGGAUCGGACUCUACAUCCCUGUCCGGAGGCAAAGCUGGUCCUGGGUUGAUGGCUCCACAGUGGACUACAGUGCUUGGGAGAAGCAGAAAAGCUACUAUUCCCUGAAGGGGGAGCACUGUGCGGUGCUGGAGGAAGACACAGGUUUCAUGACUUGGGACAACGACUCCUGUAACGAUAGAAACCCGUUUGUCUGCAAGUACAGGCCUUAGGGGAGGCAGCUCGCCUGGCCCUGGGGGCUCUCCUGGGCUGGGAGCGAAUCAGGUCCCUCCGGCUCCCCUGGGAGACCAGAUCCUGCGUCCCCGGCUACAAAGUCCCUUCUGCAAAGCAUCGCUGUGUUACGCUGUGUCACUCCCGCUCUGCCCCCUUCUCUCCCUGUCGCACCCACGCUCGGCUCUUCUCAGCAAGCAAUAAUAAACCAGAAAUAGCACGGACUGACUGUAUUUGCUGUUACUGCUGCAGAGAAUGAAGAGGGGAAAUCCGAGGGGAUUUUACAGCCGGGUUUAAUAAUCAGAAAGGGAGAGGUGCAAUUGGAGGGAUUUGUUCGAAGUCUGACAACUAGAGAGAGAAAAGGACAAGCUGGGGGCUUUCAAUGAGAGUCAAGAAAUCAAUAGAAAUGGCAACGUCGGAGGAGACAAUUAUGAUUUUUCACCAACGUUUGACACUGGGGCAGGGGGAAGGGCUCAAUUCCCCAGGGAUUUUAUAUCUAUAUUCUUCCGAUGUUUCUGUUAACGCUUCGGGCCUCUGUCACUCAGCGAGUGUCACCUUUGGCCCUGGGCAGGCUGACGGCUGUGGGAGCUGAGCACAGCUGUUUCCCUCCCAAACCAAGGGACGCGGCUCCUAGAAAGGGGGCAGAAUCUGGGGGGC